UUGAGUGAUCCGCAUGUCCAUUUUGUUGUGCAACUACUCCAGUGAAGUUCGCGUGUUCAGUAAUAUUUUUUCCAUUAAAAGUUUACAUCGCAGAGAUAACAAAAAAUGUACAAAAUUUUGAAUUCAGUUCUCCAAUCGAGCAAUUCGAUUCUAAAGCGGUACGGCACCCUCCAAUUACCGGCAUUGUACAGCACAUUUCAUCCACGGGAUUUCCAGUUCGAUACAUCUUUCGCCGAUACCGGAACACUGAUACAUCGAUUCUCGCGGCACAUUGCUCUUACCAAACGAGAUUGGACAGAUCCGACGCGAUACGAUUUCAAAUUUUCCUCGUUCUAUCCUGUUUACCGACCGGAUCAGUUCAUCGCAAAUCUGCAGACCAUUUCAAGUCACGAUCUAAGCAAGUUGAUCUGUUUAACCGCGGAUAUUAAGGGGAAAACGGACCAUCGUUUGUUUACCGAUGUCGUCAACACUCUGGACGAGGAAACCGAAGGUCGAAUAGAGCAAUGCAACUUCAACGAACUCGCUCGGAUACUGCACGGCUACAUGUAUCUGCUGAGAAGUAAGAUAACCAGACUUGAGACCUACCGGAAAGUCCUGCCACGAAUGAUUGCGUUGUUCGAACAGAACAAGAACGAGAAAGAUUUUAUGACGCUUGUGUUUUUCCUGGGACUGUGGAAGAAAAAUGCUGCUGGCAGUAAACUUCUAGAACAGUUUUUAAAGCAACAUCUGGAACAGUUUUUGGAUGAUCGUUUGGGACUGAUGGAUUUUGUAAUUUUGGCCAAUGCUAGCUUUCAAACUAGUGUUAGGCUUGAAAAUCAAAAAUUUCAAGAUCGCAUAGUAAAAGAGAUCUGUAACUCCGAGAAUGACGACACUGCCUUGAUUGUGACAUUGGUGAAGUGUGCUCGAAUGAAUCGUAUUCGGUCGGAACUAAUAGUAGAGAGACUAAGAGACUUGAUGCAAACUGGUGCUACUGGAUCAGAUUUCCGCGAAAUGUCGCAUUUGUUUGCUUAUAUCGCAGACAGUUCGAUAAAAGACGAUUCACUGAUCCAGAUGUUCCUGGAGCAAUGCGCAAACUGGAUAGAAAAAGAAGUUACAAACCCAUCAACCGAAUACAAUUCGCCAAUUUUCCGACCCAAAGACCUGGCCAGUUUCCUCUGGAGCUGCUCGAACUUAUCUAUUCCUUUGGCAAACAUUGGAGUUGAACCGAGCGAACUUCUAAAUAUAAUCUUUAAAAAGAUUGAACACGGAGAGUGUCGUUUCAUACCAGAUACUUUGGUGGAUAUAUGCCUUUCACUGUGGAUUAUGAAUCACCCGUCGGUCGAUCUGCUUUCAACGAUUUACGGCGAUCGUCAAUUUAUGCAGCACUUUAUGAAGGAUCGAGUGAAGAUUGAAUCCCGUAGGGAUUUAUUGUUAGCGUGUGCCGAGAUCGAGCGACCAGAAGCGUUCAAAAUUAUUUCCAAAUUACCGAGGGUCAAUGCAGCUGACCUGACCAGGCAACCGCCUGACUAUCUGGUGAAGAAACGCGUAGGUCUUCAACGGGUAGCAUCCUGUUUGGAUGGAUUGAAGGAAAAACUGCUUAUCAGCGAAGUGCAGUAUAAUUUGCCGAUCAAGUUUUUAAACAUCGCUGGAUUGCUGGUGAACAUGCAGGACGGCAGGCGCAUAAGCUUAGAUGUUCUAGAGAAAGAUCAUUGCCUUUCAGAUGAUCAAACGCCCAUUGGUUUGAUGAAUUUGAAGACACGUUUGCUUAAAAAGCUUAACAUUGAAGCUAUCACGAUUAACUACAUUCGAAUAGAUUCUGACGACGAGCUAGUGCACGCAUUGGAGGAAGCUAUUGCCAAUGUUACCGAAUCCAAAGUAUCGAAACAAAAAAGACAAAUGGGUUAAUUAUAAUAAAACUAUAUGCUAAUAAGUUAAAACAUUCAUAUAAUU